UAUAAUUUUUUUUAAUAAAGAUUUUCCUUAUUGGAGAAUAAUUUAUCCCACUCAAUCUGACACUAGAGCCUUCAUGGUUAAGAUGCUAACUCCCAGUCUUGAAGGGAAAAAUUUAAUUAUCUCCUAGUUUCUGGAAGGAUUCCUUGGGUCAAACUCCCAAUGAGAACCAUCAAAUUGGACAUCUGCACUGAUAAACAAACUAAGAUAAGCUUCUGUUUCGAAAAAGUAAUUCAGUAAUUCAACUGGACGAACAAGAUUGAGAGUGAGCUAUAACUAGACCUAUGCACUCCACAGAGCAAACUUCUUUUUCGGAAUGGAGGGUAUUUUGGUUCUCACUUUGUAAUAAGUCUUGCAUUCUUAACAGAGCCAAGUUAGACAAGAAAGGGUGGUUGUCCUGCUGAGUCCUGAGGUAGUUUCCUGAAUGGAGCCUGGAGCUGCAUCGAGGAGGACGAGCAGGUUUUCUUCAUAUGAGAGGCUGGUGGCCAUCGGGUUGGCCCUUCUAGCUGUGCUUUCUCCUCUCUAUAUCGACCGGACAACGGUAGAUGAUUCAGAACUUGAUUUGGAGCAGCCUAUUAACUUUGCUUCUUGGCUGCCUCUGCUGCUCUUGGUGUUGAUCUUGGCCCUCACUUUGUCGCUUUACUUGGACCGAAGCUUUACCAGGUUUGAUCCUUACUGGAUUCACAGAGUUGGCGGUUCUUCUAGUGGCAUCACGAUAAUCCUCAUGGUUCUUGCGUUGGUGUUGAAGUUUAAAGCUUCUAUUAGGAACUGGGAGGCUUAGCUCAAAUCUUUUGUAGUACUUGUUUUCUGCCAUGUAAUUUGCUUAUCGCUUUACAGAACAAAGUUCAGGUAUCUUUUUUUUAUAUAAAUAAGAAUAAGCAACUUCUUGUUGAAUUGGAA